CACUAAUCCGAAGAUGUUAUAUUGUUAUUAACUUUUUAUGAUCCUAAUUUCUCCGUUUGUCAAACAAGUUUGAUUGAUUUACCUAACAUCUAAACCCAAAUCCUCCUCCAUUUUCUUCUUUCAAUCUUUCCAACAACUUCCUUUCAAAAUCCAAAUCAAUGGAUACUCUACAAGAAUCAUCAUCUUCAGUCAUACUCUCAGAAACAGUUACUCUUAACGGGACCCAACUUCCAUUAACCUUUAACUCCAACGGUACUCUCCAGUGGAUUGACUUAGGAAAUCAGAAAUGCUUGUCUUUAGAAAAAGAAGUUCUUGGAAUUUCCUUAGAAGGUUCAAGAAUUAUUCUCAAAUGUGUAGUCAAAACUAAUAAUGGUGGGAUUUUGUUUUGCUUCCCUAGCGAGGAAUCAGCGAGGAGGAAAUUAGUUAUUGAGGUUUCUUCAAAUGAAUCUCUUCAUGUUUGGUUUCAGAAGCUUCGAGAAUUUCUUGAUUCUCUUGGUCGUCCAAAGAGGUUAUUUAUUUUGGUGAACCCGUUUGGCGGGAAGAAGUCUGCGACAAAUGUCUUUGAGAACACUGUUCAACCUUUGCUUGAGGAUGCCGAAAUCCAAUUUACAUUGCAAGAAACUCAAUAUCAACUGCACGCAAAAGAACUUGUUCACGGACUGGAUCUUACUAAAUAUGAUGGCGUUGUUUGUGUUAGUGGUGAUGGCAUCUUGGUUGAGGUUGUGAAUGGCUUGCUGCAAAGAGACGAUUGGAGUACUGCUAUAAAGAUGCCUAUUGGUGUGAUUCCUGCAGGUAGUGGAAACGCUGUAGCUAAGUCUUUGUUGGAUUCAGGUGGUGAUCCUUUAUCUGCAUUUAAUGCCACUAUUGCAAUCAUUCGGGGGCACAAGACCUCCCUCGAUGUUGCUACUGUUUUACAAGGGAAUACAAGAUUUUUUAGUGUCUUGAUGCUUGCAUGGGGGCUCGUGGCAGAUAUUGACCUCGAAUCAGAAAUAUGGAGGUGGAUGGGAAGUGCUCGUUUCGAUUUAUAUGCUCUGAAAAGAAUAUUACUGUUGAGGAAAUAUAAUGGACGCGUUCAUUUCGUCCCUGCAUCUGGUUAUGAAGAUUACACAGAGAAGAUAAGCCAAAAAGUAUCAUCAAUUCAAGAUGUGCCAUUUUCCAUUUUGAAUAUAAAGCAGACUGAUGGUCAAGCCAGCGGUCAUGUAGGGCCUGACAUUGAUCUAAAGAACAUGAACUGGAGGACCAUAGAAGGACCUUUUGUUUCAGUUUGGAUCCAUAAUGUACGUUGGGGUAGUGAAAAAGCAUUGGCAGCUCCAAAUGCCCAGUUUUCAGAUGGCUGUUUAGAUAUAAUCCUUAUUAAGGAUUGCUCGAAAUUGGCUUUGCUGUCAAUAUUGCUUGAAUUGAACAAUGGUAACCAUGUCAAGUCACCACACGUGUUAUACUUCAAGGUGAAAGCCAUAAUUUUGGAGCCGGGUUCACGUGUCAACGACUCAACAAAGGGAGGAAUUAUAGACUGUGAUGGCGAGGUGUUGGCUAGAGGCAACGGUACAUACAAAUGUGAGGAAAAGACCUUAAUGUCAUAUGAAAAUCUUCAAAUUACCAUUGAUCAAGGUCUAGCUACUCUUUUUUGUCCUCUAUAGGAAAAUUGUGUAUCUAUUUCAUCUUAGAAUUUCACCAACACAUGUAUAUUUAUCAACAUUGAUCAAUUUGAUUGCGUUUUUUAGCUCGUACAUGUUUAGAUUGGGAAGAAAUCUUGAUUUCCCGCGCUUGUAUUGCUCGCCCCAGCUCUUUCUGAUUAAUUCGGUUAUGGUUGAGGAUUUUCAAUGAUUAAUACCCCUCCAUCUGAUCAAGUUGCUACACUUAUUUAUUUGAUGAUAAGGAGAAUCCCUACAAGUAAGAGGGUAAGGGGGCAUUCAUUCUUCCUAUAGGUGACAGAGAAUCGAACUCCUAUCGCAAAGACAGAAAAGCAACUACAACGGCAAGAUGUGUGAGUUUCAUUCAAUCUCAAAUUGGUUGCUGUUAGUAUUAUUAUUCAAGGGGUGACUGUUUUAUACAUCAUGUAUUGUAACUGUUAAAUCUAUCAGUGUAAGUUAUCAGCUUUUUAAAUCUUUUGAUUUUGAUGUCCAUGUUCUGAAAUGUGAAGUGAUAAAUGCAUCAGAGUGAAAGAGAUAGAUGUUGAUAAGCAGUACAGUUUGCAAGUUCUGGUGUUAUUGCUCCAUCCUUUCACUGUUAGCUGUUCACCAACGAAAUGUAUUGAUGUCUAAUUAAGGGUGGAAUAAUCAAGUCACUAUUUUUCUAUGGUAUGUUGUUGCAUCGUAGCGUAAAAACAAGGCUGCAUCAUAUCGUAUCAGCUGCAUUAUAAAGGUUUGCUAGACAAACGAAUUGAUAUUUUCUGCUUGAAAAGGUGUAAUAAUCAAGGGUAUCUUAUAAUUCGACUAAUAUUUAGGCCUUACAAUAACUGUAUUAAUACCAUUAGCGCAUCUUUACACUAUGUCGACCCAAAAAUUAUCGAUAAACUUUGCUUGUAAUUUUCAAUUUAUCUUUUAAGUAUUUGUGUCAAGACAUUUGGCAAUCGGAUAUGAAAGGAUUGAAACAUUUCAG